AUGGUUAUGGUAAUGGCGGAGGAAGAAGAGAACGCGUUAUCGAUCGAACCAGAAUUUCCGAAGAGUAGAGUGAAGAAGAUAAUGACUCUAGAUGAAGACGUGAAGAGAGUGAGUUCAGAAGCGUUGUUCUUGGUGUCGAAAUCUACGGAGCUUUUUUUACAGUUACUUGCUGAAAAGUCUGCGGAAGUUGCAAUUGAGAAGAAACGCAAGACGGUGAAGCUUGAACAUAUAAGAAUCGCGGUGAAGAGAAACCGGCCGAUAUGUGAUUUUCUCCUUGAUUCACUUCCGAUGCCUACUGAAACCGUCAAAUCUGAUAAACCGGUGGUGGUUGCUGAUCGGCCUAAAUCUGUUCCGGUUGGUACUCGCCGUAUCGAUCAAAUUUUCCGAAAGUCAGAAGCCCAAGCCCAAGUAGAAGCUGAAGUUGAAGCCCAAGUAGAAGCUGAAGUGGAAGCUCAAAUUGAAGCCCAAGUUGAAGCCCAACUAGAAGAUGAAAUUGAAGUUCAAGUUGCAGCUCAAGCGUCCGAACCGGUGCCGGAACCCAUGGAGGAGUCAUAGGUUGUGUUCUUUAUACUUUCUGUAAAUGAGAUUUGCUUAUUAUGUUAAUGACGUUUUAGCUAAAUGAUAAGAUUCUAAUUUGCAAGCACCUUCUUAAGGAUAUGUUAUGUUAUUUUUCUUUUUGAUUUUUUGUUUAUUGACUUAUUAAUGCUGCAAUCCUUUACUAAUUUCAAAUUUUGCAAAUAUUGUAUGG